AUGCAUCAUGCUGUGGCGCUGGCGGCGGCACACGGGCUCGUUGUCAGACGUGAUGGUCUGACGGCGCCAGGCGCACGAGCGCGGGUUGAACACGAACAACGUGCUGUACACCGUGUCGCCGUUGUCACCGCCGAAGACGUACAUCUCGUUGUUCAUGAAGCAGGCGGCGUGGCCGCGGAUCGCGGGCGGGUGCACGUCGCCGGAGCAGUCCACGCGGGUCCACGUGUGGGUCGUAACGUUGUACGUGUAGGUGUCGUCGAAGUGGGUGCGACCGCUGUGACCGCCAUUCAUGUACAGCAUCCUACCGUCAGUGACCAUCACGUGAGCGCUGCGAGGCUGGGGCUUCUUGCCGUAGGGCCUGCUCAGGUGGGUCCACGUCGCGGUCACCGGGUCGAAGCAGUCCAUGUCGUUGAAGCACUGAGAGCCGUCGUAUCCACCGAAGCAGUAGAAACGGUCGUCCACGCGGGUAAUACUAUGGCACGUACGCUUGCCCAGCACCUUGCCCGAGCAAUUGACGUAGCGGACCUGCACAUCCACGGUUGCAUCAGGGUCCGUCGUGUCGAACGCGUCGUUGAGCGUCGACACGUCAAAGGCGAACAUGUCCAUCAACCACUCACUGCCGUCGUGACCGCCGUGCACGAACAUUUCUCCGCCAAACACAGCGCAUGCGUGGUUGUUGCGGGGCAGACUUGCCGCCGUAAACUUUCUCUUCUUCUUCGACCCAGGCAACAAAACGUACGUUUCCUCCACGCACAGGUUCAAGCGCAGCCAACGGCGCUUCACUGUGUGGAAAGCGUACGCAUCAGCAAGUGGUUCCUUUCCAACCCAACCGCCGAAGACCACCAUCACCUGACCCACCACAUCGCAGCAGUGGGCCGCACGGGGCGAAGGCGCUCCUGGCGUGGAGCUGAUGUCCUUGUUUAA